AUGCGACAAUCUUCUCCCUCCCGGAUCUUCUGGUCCACCCUCCUCCUCAGCUGCCCAGCCGCCGCCUUCCAUGCCCCCCUCCUCCCACGCCAGUUCCUCCCCGAGACCUUCGACUGGUCCGCCAUCACACCCACCCCCGAGCUCCAGUACCACCCCUGCUACAACAACACCUUCCAAUGCGCCCGCCUGCGGGUACCCCUGGACUGGAGCAGGCCCGAGACGGCCGAGACGGGCCCGCACGCGGCGCUCGGCAUCAUCACGCUGCCCGCGACCGUCCCCGUGACGGACCCGGCUUACGGCGGGCCGCUGCUGAUCAACCCGGGGGGUCCGGCGGGGCCCGUCGCGGAGUGGGUGCGCGUGUACGGGUCCUGGCUGCAGGGGGUCGUCGACACGCCGGGCGAGCGCCAUCACGACAUCGUGGGGAUCGACCCGCGCGGCCUCUGGCGUACCACCCCGCCCGCCGUCUGCUACGCGGAUCAGUUCGGUCGUGCCGCCGCCGCCAUGGCCGUCAAGCGCAUGCCGAGCGUGUUGACGCCGCAGGGCCUGCGCAUGGUCACCGCGUGGAACCAGGGCGUUUCGCGUCUGUGUGAGGAGGCCGCGGCUGCGGAUGGGGAGGAUAGCAUCUUCAACCACAUGUCGACGGCGUCGGUGGCGAGGGAUUUUCUGGAGGUUGUGGAGCGGAGCCAUGAGAUGAUGAUGAAGGCGGGGAAGGGCAAGGGGAAGCGUGCCGGUGGUGGUGGAGGGGAGAAGCCGAUGCUGCAGUACCUGGGUCUUUCGUACGGCUCGAUUCUGGGGAGUACGUUCGCGUCCAUGUUCCCGGACCGCGUUGGGAGGAUGGUGGUGGACGGCAUCGCUGAUGCGGAGGAUUUCAACUCUGGUCAACGGGCAAUGAACAUCAUCGACGCCGAAGACGCCAUCGACGUCUUCUACAACAUUUGCUUCGACGCUGGCGAGCUCUGCCCGCUCUACCAAACCACCGACGCCAGCGCGGCCGACAUCCGCGCCCGCAUCGACGCCUUCAUCCACUCGCUCGAAGAAACCCCCGUCUCCGCCAUCUUCAACAACCGCGUCUUCCUCAUCAGCCCCAACUUCAUCCGCUCCGAGCUGCACAAGGGCAUGUACACGCCCAUCCCCCAAUUCCCCACCAUCGCGAGUUCCCUCGCCGCCGCCCUCGCCGGCAACUUCACCCCGAUCCUCUCCAACCCGGCCCUGGUCAACAACGACAACGAGGGCGCCGUCUGCGCCGACCUGCCCGACACCUCCCCGCCGACCGUCUUCGUCAGCCAGGCCGAAGCCAACCUCGGCAUCUCGUGCGGCGACUCCCAGGCCGCCGCCGGCCCGCGCGACACCCUCGCCUGGGCCGAGGCCACCGUCGCCCGCAUCGCCAACCAGUCCGCCUCCCUCGGCGAGACCUGGGCCAACCUCCCGCUCAACUGCGCCGGCUGGCGUUUCAGCCCGCCCUACGCGUUUCGGGGGCCGUUUGGCAGCCCUGCUCCGCCGCCGGCUAAUAGUAGCAGCAGCGCCGCGCCGAUGUUGAUCCUGUCGUCGCGGAUUGAUCACGUCACGCCGUUGGUGAAUGCGUAUCGGUUGUCGAGCUUGCAUGGCGGGUCGGCGGUGGUGGUGCAGGAGUCGCUUGGGCAUUUGGCGCUGACGUCGUCGGUUAGUAAGUGCACGCGCGGGUUUGUGAAGGAGUAUUUGCGGACGGGCGCGCUGCCGAAGAAUGGCACGGUUUGUGAGGCGGACUGCGUGCCGGGGAUUCCGUUUCGCGAGUGUGUUGGGUUGCCGCCGUAG